GAAGCAUAUCGCUCCGUUAUAACAAAUAUACCAACUCCACCAACUCCACCAACCCCGAGAUCAAGUGUGUUAUAAACAAAUUUCUCAAAGUUUUCUACAACGAUAAAAUAUCAACGCCUCCCAAAGGAUUAAUUAAAUUACUACAGUACUCUCUAGUAAUUAUCUACCUAAUUAUCGACGGAUAAAAAUAUCACGAGAGAUAACAGUCACGGCGAUUCUUCGAUUUAGUGACAAAGUGUGUGAAACAUUGUGACGUACUUAAACAAUAAACACUCGUGAAGUUAUUCGAUAAGACGAGGGCAUUGAUAGUGUUGAGACAGAUAAGGUGGAGAAUUGUUGCUUUUUUUUUCCUCCAGUCAUUACGCUUAGUGAGGGUGUAGGGAGUAUGGAGUAAGGAUUCUCAUCGUAUUUGCCAGUCCGCGUGACCCAAUUAGGUUUCCCUAGCGUACCAACCAGUGGCUCCUGGUUUAAUCGUCGGUGACACUCUCCAGGCCGCUUACACGUUAUACCCCCCGACGUUGCACGUUGGAAAUUGGGUUUCCGUGUGCGCGCAAACCCAGUUGCCUUCGAGCUCCACGACCGGCACAGAGAUAUCCCCCGAGGGCUGACUCUAUCUGUCGUGGUUACCCUUUCCAACGAAAAUAUCAUUUGAGUCGACAAAUUCUUUCACUGCCGUGAGAAAGACACCGUCAAUGUGUUGAGGAGAAUAGCAAUCAACGUAAUUGAUGAAAAUAUAAAUAAAUGAGACAAUGACAGUGCAUUGUUGAGGUAGCAAGGAAUAUCAGCCGUUGAAUUUGAGGAUUUGAGAGAGACCAGGGUGUCGAGUGGAUCUCCAGUGGAAGAUAUCGCUCGCUGGAGAACGAUUCAAACUUUCUCGCUGGCGUUGACAGAUCGAUAAGGAACUUUGGAAUCCCCGAGUUUUCCACAGCCCUACCCCAUCCUUGUCUGCCUACCCUAACGCUGUUUUAAACUUCUCCAGUUGGUGUCAGACACUAUUUUUCGUUCGUCAAUUUCUCCACCUCUUCUGGAUAGAAAAAGAAAAAAAAUCCGGAAGAAUCGCCUGUCACUCAUUGAAUGCGAUAACUAAUUUGCGAGAUUUUUAUCAUCGCCGAUAGAAUUUUUUUGAAUUGUGUGAAGUGAUCAAAGUGAAAGUGUGUGUUAUCAGUGUAUUGGGGGUGGUGACGCGGGUAAUUUAUUAAACAAGUUGAAUGAAAGGCUGUAACUCUGACGCCGUUUCGGACAAAUAGGAGUAACAUUUUCCCAUUUUCCCUGUCGUUGCCAUCACGGCAACGUACAAAGUCCAAUCAUAAACGUACAAAAGAUAAUCACGAGGAUAUCGUACUGUCAUCACCGCGGGGUCUCGUACCCGUGCGGUUCGGUGACACAACGAGCCGUAAAAAGCGUCAACCAACUGGUAUCAUUAAAGUUGACACGGUGAAGGGUAACGGUGGAUUUGGUGAUUACUCGGCGGCGGGUGAAUUUGAGGUUUGGGGUGACGAACAACGUCCAACGGAUGGUGAAGACCAUCAGGUUGUCAUUGGGCCUGGGGCCCCUCGUGCCCACUCCCAGACAAAGCAGAGAUGCAAUGACGGCAAUGUAUCAUCACUCCGGCCACUGUUGCAUGUAACACACUGUGAAUUACACUCACCCCGUGAGGCUGAACUGCUCAGGCUAGACCAGCUCGAGAGCUUGGAUAGAAAAACCGUUGAUCGAGACGCAUACUCUAUGAUGGAUAAUUUUCACAGCCCCGUACCACCGCCACUACCACGACGACACGCCCGGCUACCACCUCCGCAACAGCAGGUGACCGUUGGCUCGUUGGGUACUGGCAUGGGUACUGGCAAUGGUGGCAAUGCCGGCAAUGGGGCUCAGGGUCAGCCAUUGGUUAUGCCGGGUUUUCCACUGCGUGCCGCUGUUGUACCACAUUAUUCACCCUAUUCACCAUCACGUUUUCACAUUGAUAAACGCUGCCAGCAUCGAUGCUCGUGGAAGUGCUUCUCGGUUGGAUUGAUACUACUUGUUGUUGCACUCACUGCCAUGCUCGCGUAUUUUGCAACCGUUAGCUCAAUGCGGCCGAUUGACAACACUAACUGCAUCCUGGACCAAGACGUGAGGCCCGUUACCCACGAAAACACAAAUGUUCAUGAUCCUAUAUCCACUCAGGUACCAACCGAAGAAUCACUACCAACGAGUACAGCGGAACACCCAAGUGCAUCUGACAGCAGUGAGCAACAGAGUGACCCCCAGAUCCAGCAAUCAUCUCAAUGGCCCGCUGUGCUCGAGUUACAGGCAUACAAUGUGGCACAUUCAGUUGUUAUACCGGCAUAUCGCUUCUGGAAUUCCGAAUUUCAUAACAAGCAGCCGGCCUUCAUAAGGCUCAAUCUUACGUUACCCUGGGGUGCCAACUUUGCUGUAUAUGGUAGACGAAAUGUUGCACCGAGUGUAACACAGUAUGACUUCGUGAAAUUUGUCCGAGGUGGCAGGGUAGAUCAGAGAUUGAAACGUGAAGUUGUACCCGGGGCUGUUAGCUUCAUGGAGGAGUCAGUACUGCAUACUGAGGAUAUUGAUGUAAAUCAUGAUAAUGAUGGCACAGUAUAUGAGCAUGUGCUACUCAAGAGAACGAUACACGAACCAAUGUUGGUUAAUGUUAGCCUGCUUCAGUACCUCGAUACUGGUAGAUGGUUCCUGUCGGUUUAUAAUGACGAACUUCAGCCGUACAAAGUUACCCUAAUUAUCACUGAAGCUGAGGGCGUGUCUACAACUUGUCCGAACGACUGCUCUGGAAGGGGAUCGUGUUACUUGGGCAAAUGCGACUGCAUGGAUGGCUAUCAGGGCGCCGAUUGCAGUAAAAGUGUCUGUCCGGUGCUCUGUUCAUCCCACGGACAGUAUGGCGGUGGUGUCUGUCACUGUGAGGAAGGCUGGAAGGGUGCCGAGUGCGAUAUUCCGCUUGGUGAUUGCCAAGUCCCCGAUUGCAAUCAGCACGGACAGUGCGUGAGGGGCUCUUGUGUCUGUAACCCCGGAUGGAAGGGACAGUUCUGUGAAGAACCCGAUUGUCGAGAUCCGUCCUGCAGUGCGCACGGUGCCUGCGUCGCCGGUAAAUGUUACUGCAAGGCAGGCUGGCAAGGGGAGAGAUGUGAUCAGGUGGAUCAAAGAGUAUACAAGUGUCUUCCAGGAUGUUCAGAACAUGGCUCUUAUGAUUUGGACACAGCUGGUUGUAUAUGCGACGAGCAUUGGACGGGUGUCGACUGCUCUCAGCCCAGGUGUGCACUUCAAUGUGGACCACAUGGCUCCUGCGAACAGGGACAAUGCAAAUGCCACGACGGUUGGACGGGCAGCAAAUGCGAUCAGAAACCGUGCGAUUCCCGCUGUGCUGAACAUGGACAGUGCAAAAACGGCACUUGCGUCUGCAGCCAAGGCUGGAAUGGACGUCAUUGUACCCUGACUGGUUGCGAGAAUGGUUGCAGUAGACAUGGACUGUGUACACUUCAUGAUGGCGAGUGGAAGUGCGCUUGUGCCACUGGAUGGGCGGGCAGGGACUGCAGUAUUGGACUUGAGAUGAACUGCAGUGAUCAGCUUGAUAAUGACAAUGAUGGUAUGGUGGAUUGCUUCGAUAGUGAGUGUUGCUUGCACCCAUCGUGUGGCAAACACCUCAUGUGUCUGGUGAGCAGUGAUCCUGUUGAGGUGCUCUUUCGUAAACAACCCCCUAGUGUCACUGCGUCAUUUUAUCAGCGCGUCAAGUUCCUCAUCGAGGAGAACAGUGUGCAGAGUUACGCCCACACAGACGAGUACGGCGAAAGCCGAGUAGCCGUGAUGCGGGGCCAAGUUGUUACGGAGCAGGGGCUUGGAAUAGUAGGAAUACGAGUUUCAGUCGACAAACAUUCACGAUUUGGAUUUACCCUGACGCGAGCAGACGGAUGGUUCGACAUUCUCGUCAAUGGCGGAGGAGCUGUGACACUUCAGUUCCAACGCAACCCGUUCAAGCCCCUGACGAGGACUGUAUUUGUACCGUGGAAUCAAAUUGUCGUACUGCCACCAGUGGUAAUGACUUUUCCCGACGAAGGCGAGUCCUAUAAAUCCAGUCACCCGCCAACUCCAGCUGUUGGAAUAUCAAUGGGACUGCUUGGUGAUCAUGGGCCCUGUAUGGAGCACGAUCACGAAACAGUGAGGCCGCUUAUCGUGGCAACUUGGAUGCCGGAGAAGGUUGGAGGUUUGCCAGGAAAGAGUUUGGUGUUUGCUGAAACACAGAUUGUCCAAGAAAGUAUUCCCAUUCCGGGCUCCAACGUCUACCUCAUGUACCAGAGUAAUCGAGCUGCAGGCUACUUAUCAACCGUCAGAAUGCAGCUGACAGGCGCAUCGAUACCCGAAUCCCUUACCCACGUACACGUCCACGUGGAGAUCGAGGGCUCGGUUCACACUAAAACGUACGAAGCCGAUCCCAAUCUGACGCACACCUUCGCUUGGAACAAACGAAACGUGUACAAGCAGAAAGUGUACGGUGUGGCCCAAGCGAGAAUAUCAAUUGGCUAUCAACACUCGACGUGUCCCUCAGUUAUUUGGGAGACGCAAACAGCCGCCCUCCAGGGCUUCGACGUUGACAUAUCAGACGUCGGAGGCUGGGGCCUCGACAUUCACCACCACUACAACUUUCACGAGGGUAUUCUCCAGAAGGGUGACGGCUCCACACUCCACUUCAAGCAGUAUCCACGAGCAGUGAAGGUGGUCAUGGGUACAGGACUCCAACGAGGUCUAGUCUGUCAAAACUGCGAGGGUCGAGCCACCGAUGCACGCCUCCUCACCCCAGUUGCCCUGGCAAGUGGUCCAGACGGCAGCAUCUACGUCGGCGACUUCAAUCUCGUUCGUCGAAUAACCCCCGAUGGAAAUGUCCGCACAGUAUUGAUCUUGAGUGCAACACAAGUGGCAUAUCAGUACUAUCUCUGUGUUUCUCCAGCAGAUGGACAUUUAUACAUAAGUGAUCCCGAGAAACAUCGCAUACUGAAGGCACUAUCCCUGGACGAGGUUACCGAUCCGAGUAUCAAUAUUGAGCCAGUUGUUGGCAGCGGUGAGCGUUGUAUACCAGGUGACGAGGGACACUGCGGUGAUGAAGGCCCAGCUAUCCUAGCCAAAUUGGCGCAUCCCAAGGGUAUAGCCAUUGCCGCUGACAAAACAAUGUAUAUUGCUGACGGUACAAAUAUCCGUGCAGUUGAUCCAAAUGGAAUUAUUCAUACCCUUGUGGGUCAUCAUGGUCAUCACAAUCAUUGGUCACCAGCUCCAUGUGUUGGAGCCAUUCCAGCGCAUUUGGCACAGCUUCAAUGGCCAACUGGUCUUACCCUCAGUCCUCUCGAUGGAUCCUUGCAUUUUAUUGACGACAGACUUGUCCUCAAACUGACGAGUGAUCUUAAAGUCAGGGUUGUUGCUGGAACCCCACUGCAUUGCACAAGCAGUGCUAACAAUGCCGUCGCCAAAUCGAACACAACGAGUCUCGUUAUGAAGAAGCCGGAUGAAGUACUUGGCUCUGUUCUUGCUGUUUCCUUCAGUCCAACUGGAGCACUGUACAUAGCUGCUUCUGAUUCUCACCGGGUCAAUUCCAUCAGGGUUGUCGAUUCUUCGGGAAAAAUGUCGCACUUUGCUGGGAGACAGCAGGAUAGACUGAGACUGUGCGAGUGUAAUAACACUACACCCAAUUCGAAGAAUCUAGAUACUUGUGCUUGCAAUGAUGAUGGGAAUAACUCAGAGACUUUAUUAUCAUCUAACACAAAGUUUACGGCUAUCUCGGCACUAACUGUCGCACCCGAUGGAGUCCUCCAUGUUGCUGAUCAGGGAAGUCUUCAUAUUCUAGCCCUUAAGCCAUAUUUACCAGCUCACGACGAGAGCGGAGAGUAUCAUAUUCCGUUUCCACCUUCCAAUGAGAUUUAUGUCUUCAAUCGUUAUGGGCAGCAUGUAGCAACUAAGGAUUUAACAUCCGGUAAAACAAGAUACUCAUUUCUGUACAGCAAGAACACAAGUUUCGGUAAACUAUCAACGGUAACCGACAGUGCUGGAAACAAAAUAACAUUCCUACGGGACUAUUCCGGUGUUGUGAGUUCAAUCGAGAAUACUCAGAACCACAAAUCCGAGUUGAAAAUCUCAGCAGUUGGUUUCUUAGUGAAAUUAUCCGAAACAGGUAGAUCUGAAAUAGCAUUUGAUUACGAUAGCGGUGGUACUGGACUAUUGACAUCACGGUCUGGCGGUGGUGAGACCUUCAUUUACAACUACGACAGUUUGGGACGAGUUUCCGAGGUAAUUCUACCAACUGGUGAAAAGAUAAAAUUAAUUUCCGGCCUGUCCGAAGACGAGGGGUUAUCAGUUAAAGUUGAGGCACCACUUCAAGCACUUGCUAGGAGUGAAAAAAAUCGUAUGAUUGAGUUUAAAAUAAGAACGGAGAGAUCCAAGAUCCUUACGAUAACUGAUGGUGCCAAAGUUAAAAAAGCAACGUCAUUUACUAAUAGCAGUUUGGAGAUUCUUUUACCAGGUGGUGGUAGAGUGUUAAGUGCAGCUAUGACAAAGCAUCCACUGCUGGAAUCAACAUUGCCCAUUGAAGCGGAAAUGCUACCAAUGUGGAGUUAUCAAGUGUUGACGCUUGGGGAAUUAACGAAUACAAUGACAACGUCGUAUACUCUUGGUGGUGACAGUAGCCACCUCCAGCAGACUUUGAAUCGAGAGAUUUGGGUCAAUGAUUCACGGGUGAUUGGGGUUGAAUUCGAGCAGGCGUUCAGCCGUGAAACGUUUUACGAUAAAUACAGAAAUCCCCUGUUGACCGUGACAUUUGAUCCAGCUGGAUUGCCAUUGGUUUGGCAGCCGUAUGAGCAUGGACACAGUGUCAAUAUAACGUACGACAGGUACAAUAGAAUAGAGAAAUGGCGGUGGGGUGCUUCUGAUGAAUCCUACAGUUACAAUGAUCUCGGUAAUCUCGCUACUAUCACCAACAGCCAAGACGGUACACGUAAAUUUACGUACAAUGAGUUUAAUAUGCUAUCGACGAUAACACUAGCCAGUGGACGUCAAUACUCGUUGGAGUACGAUGAGAAUGGCGGGCUUAGGCAUAUCAUUCUACCAGCUGAUACGAAACACUCAUUCUCAUGUCAAGCAUCGCUUGGCUUUCUUCGUGUCACUUACACACCACCGGGCAGUACACGUGCUUACUUGCAGCACUACAGUCAUGAUGGCAAUUUACUCCAGACUGUCUUUCCUGGCGAUGGAGCAAGAAUAGUCUACAGGUAUCAUCCUUGGGGUCAAUUGUCGGAAAUUGUUCAUGGGGAUGGCAAGAGCGAGAUUAGGUACACUGAGAGUGGCCAACCGUCCGAAGUUAUACACACUGAGAAGGACGUUGAGUACAGGUGGGACUAUCAGUACAGUGCUGGACUUUUGGUUGAGGAGAGAAUAGACUUUGGAGCUAAAACUGGCCUCAGUAAUGCCAAAUUCACUUUUGAUUAUGACUCGAAUUAUCGGUUAAUCGCUGUUCAGGGGAGAAUCGGUGGGCAAACACUGCCAUCUCACACAAUGGCUUACAGCCAGACCACCGGGGCACUAGAGCUAAUUGGACAAUUUACUGUCUCCAGGCCUGCACCCAAUGAGACUAAAGUUUAUGAUGGCACUGGCGUAUUCUCACGAAUUACUGAUAAGCACUUUUUGGAGACACAAGUUACAGUGAUGAUUCAUGGACUUGAGGUAUUCCGAAUGGAAUUUACACAUGAUUCUAAGGGGAGGAUUAAUCAGACCAGAACAGAUACGAGAAAUGUUGGAGUCAACAGUUAUACUAAUGUGAAGAAUUAUACUUGGGACUCGGAUGGACAGCUGACUGGCGUUGAGGCACAAGAGCCCUGGGGUUUCAAGUACGAUGGCAAUGGUAAUAUGCUAUCGUUGACGUACAGAGGGAAUACUAUUCCCAUGGAGUACAAUGCCAUGGAUAGAAUCGUCAAAUUUGGCGAUGGACUCUACAAAUAUGAUAAUCGAGGUCAGGUAGUGCAAAAUGCUAGGGAGGAGAAAUUCAGCUACAAUGCCAAGGGUUUAUUGAUUCGUGCUGCGAAGAAGGGUCGCUUCGACGUUCAUUAUUACUACGAUCACUUGGACAGACUUGCUACGAGGAAGGAUAAUUAUGGAAAUGUCACGCAAUUCUUCUACAACAAUCAGCAGAGACCUUAUGAGGUCAGCCAGAUUUACAGCCCGAGAGAUGGCAAGCUCAUGUCACUUGUUUAUGAUGACCGAGGCCACCUGAUUUACGCUCAAAUUUAUCGCCACAAAUAUUACAUUGCUACCGAUCAGUGUGGAACACCUAUUAUGAUAUUCAAUCAGUAUGGCGAGGGCAUUCGGGAACUUAUGAGGUCACCCUAUGGACAUAUUGUGUAUGAUUCCAAUCCUUAUCUGUAUUUGCCUGUCGAUUUUUGUGGUGGAUUACUUGAUCAGGUGACAUCAUUAGUUCACAUGCCGAAUGGAAAAGUAUACGAUCCACUGAUUGGACAAUGGAUGUCACCGCUAUGGGAGAACGUUCUUGACAGAGUUUCAACGCCCACUCAUCUGCAUCUCUACAGAUUCAAUGGAAAUGAUCCCAUCGAUGCUAGGCAUACUGACAAAUCGAAUCAACCAACAGAUCACAUGUCGUGGUUGUCACACCUUGGCUACGACCUGAAGUCAUUGUCCCCCCAGCUAUUUCCAACUGAAUUACCAGACAGUCUCUCACCACCAUCACUCAAUCCAACUGGUCUCAUCUUCGGGGGAAAGAAAAAGACGAAAAAUCUCGGCGUCCAGUCUGGCUUCCUAGCGCACAUAGCUGAACGUCAUUCAGGGAAUGCAGCAAGUCUCUCAGCUCCUCCGAGAUCAGCCCUGAAGAAGGACCUGAGUGAACUAAUUCCAUGUCGCCUAGGUGCAGCAUCAGACCCACCAUUUGGCCAGGGUAUCUUGGUAUCCAGAACAUCUGAAGGCCAGGCAGUGGUCUCCAGCGUUCCAGUAGCGAAUACAAUUUACCGUGACGUUUUUACGACGGUAUUCAAUAGUUCGUACUUCCUGCCAUUUACAUUUGUAGUGCACAAUGCCCAGCAGGAUGCAUUUUACUUCGUUAAAGAGUCAACCUGGAAUUCUGGCUCGGAUCGUGAGCAAUUGAAACGAUUAGGUGGUAAUGUGAACACAACUUUCCAUGACAAUGAGAAUAGCAGUGGCAGCAGUAUUGUCGACGUUAAAAUCCAUGGUGCUAGUUACGUUGUCAAUCUGCGAUAUGGCACAACGCCGGAUAAAGAGAAGCAGAGGCUUCUCCAUCAUGCCAAGGCAACGGCCAUCAGAAAGGCGUGGCAUCGAGAGCGUGAGGCACUCAAAGCCAAUACUUUAACAAUCGUCGAUUGGAUGGUUGCUGAACAGGAUGAAAUAACAAAAUCGGGUUAUGCCUCGAAUUACGAGGGUGAAUAUAUCCACGAUGCUCAGCUUUAUCCAGAGCUGGCUGAGGAUCCCUACAACAUCAAAUUUGUCAAAAAAUCAGCGGAUUCAUCGAGCAAAAAACGACGCAGGAGGAGAGGUACUGACUGCAAACUCUGGCGACUCGAGGAGUUGUGCUAGAAGUUGGAGAAUUUUGGCCGCUGUAACGCGACAAUGGGUGAAUUACCGUACACGUACACAAAACCAUUGAUAAGGAUGCUAUCAAAAAAUUUUAUACCAAAGUCUAUUUGUGUAUUUCAAAGAUGCCAAAACACUAUGAAGAUGGAAAUAACAGAAUGAUAUAUUGUAAAAGCCAUAGGGUUGUAGCAAUUAAGAAAUUCUCAAAUUCGAUGAGGCCAUCGUGAUUACGAAUUUCACGAUGAAGAGUAUUUCGACUGACUUAUUACCGGAGGUUGAUGGGCAAUUUAUCUUGCACGUUGAUCGAAAAUUAUAUAGAUAAAUAGUGUGGGUAAUGGAAUUGUAUGUGAUGGAGUUAAUCGUGGAUAUGCGUGAACAUUCAAGUGCAUUCGAUGCUCCUGGUGCCACGUUGUAACUGUUUUUGGUGUGUCACAAAGAGCAUUAUAAGGGUGUUAAGUGUGAAUAUGAGGCGAGGAGUUGUAUGGAAUGAGUUGAUGAAGACGUCCACAGGGUCAUUCGUUGCUGAGAGUUCCUGAUUAUUCGAGUGACUGAGAGUGCGAAAGAGCCUAGUCAAUAAUUUAGCUUUACAUCGCUGAAGUUCGGAGAGAAGAUUACGAAACUUACGAGUGAAUCUUACCGGAAGAUAAAUUUAAAGUGAUACAGUGAUAUUUUUUGUUGGACGUUUUGAUGAUUUCUUUCGGUUCGGGAGAAAUAAUGAAGUUCAGAUAUACGUACAGUGCACUUGUUUUUCUCUAUGAGGCGGCGUUUUUUUUGUUGAACAUUGGAUGGAAUAACGAGGUAAGGAGACUUGAAAGUGAGAAAUGUAUGAUUUUUUGAAACAUCGAGAUACUACUGAGCGUUGAGACCAUGAUUGAUGUUUUUUAUACAUGUGUCUUGUAUUUCUUUCUAUUGAUGUAGAACAUUCAAUGUAUUAUAGUGGUGCUUUCCCUCCAGAAUCGAUGGAAAAAUUGAUGAUAGACAUUGAGUGAUUACUGGAGGCGUGAAAAAACAAAUGGGAGCUGAUGUAUUUUUAAAUUAAAUAAUUGACUGUAAAUGUAUGAAAAUUAUUAUCGGAAUUCUAAACCGACAGGCUGAUCCAAGGACCGUAAUUAUGUGAUGGAUUAUUUCGUUGGUACUCGAAAUAAAGUAUCCGAAAGUCGAAUAACUGUGCGUAUAAAAAAUACACAUCAAUAUUUGUGCUUGCUGGAUAUGAAAUAAGACGAAAUGAAAAUACAAAAAAAAAAUGAUAAAUACACGAGAAUAAAAUGUGUUUCUUCAAACAGAAAAAGACUAAAUGUAAUAUCUAUACCGAUGAAUGUUUUCUGUAUGAAAACGUGGCUAUCUGACAAUUUAAAUUCCCAUAAACAGAUAUUAGAGGAGAGAAUAAACAUCAGAUUAAUCUUUUUCCUAGUCCCUUCGAUCGUCUCUCUCAUGAAUUCAUUUUUCUUAUUUACAUCGAGAAAAUGAAAACUUGUCUCUCCUUUCCAAGUACAUGAGCAUUUAUAUAACUCCGCGGAUGAGUGGUAAAGUUUAUUGAGGACUUACACGACACCCCAUUACAAUUUAGAUAGUUACACAAUGGACAUUUAAAAUGUCUGAUAGAUAAAUUACUCAUUAAGUGUAUUAUAAUAGCUAAUAGGCAAGCUUUAUGUAUUUUUCACGACGAACAAUUACCUAGACGACUUGAAGAAUGUAGAGAAUAAAUUCACGAGUAAUACAAAUGAGAUUAUUUGCAUUAUCCUGACAAUAUCGUUGAUCAACUAAUGAAAUUCUCAAUAACGUCUAGAUGAUUCGUUACGCGGCAAUCCAAUUAUUCGUUCGCCAGCGGGUUUCGACAUACUGGCGUUCAGAGAAUCAACUAUUUUUUAAAAAAUUGAGAAAAAUAAAUAAAAAUGUCAAGUGUCAAAUUCAUCCUCCAAUUAUCAACAUCAAUUUUCCUAUGGGAGGAGCAUUAAUAUAUUAAUAACAGACGAAAAUCGCUUUUCUAACUUCCAUGAAGUUUUCUCAUCUCCUUUAUUUUCGACAAUUUUCGUUACUUAUUCUUUGGUAGAGAAGAAUGAUUUUUCAAUUACUUGAAAUGGAUGGAGAGAAAGCUGAAGGGGUGAAUUAAAAAAUGCUGAAUAGGGGUGGCCUGGUAGCUAGACCCUUGCAUACUCAAUUAUUACGGAAAGAAAAAAUGGGAUGAAGAUUGCAAGUGUGAUGCAAUGGGUCACGAAAAUGAGUGGUUAAUUCGAUGAGAGAAAAAAUGGAAAGAAUAAUGAAAAUUACAAGCACAAUUUCAGCCAUGCUAUAGCUACGACCACUACCUAGGGUAGAAAAUUAUGCUAUUUUGCCGCUGAUCUAAUUGUUUACUGUCACCGUGUUGCUGUAAACCUAAACUAUAACAAUACGAUAUAUAUUUUAUUUAUAUAAUAUCUAAUCGACUGUAUUUAUUGUAAAUAGUCACGAUGUUUGCUAUGAUAUAAUAUAUCUGUAAUUGGAUGGAAAAUAAGCCUGACAUACAAAACGAAAUGAGAAUCCAUGCAAUCCCACCAAUUCCCAAUAAUCCUGUUCCCUCAUCAAACAGAUAUACUUGGUAUUCAAAUAAACUCAUUAAAUUGGAUAUUUACAAGUUAAACACCCGAAGGAAUAAAACAAAUGGAGAUAAGCAUGAAGAAUGCUAACAAAUUGUCAAUAUUUCGUAUUUAAUAUGAAAAUUUCGAAUUAACUCUAAUAUGUCAUUCAAACGAGACAUUUUCCUUUGCCAUUCCCAAAUUUUUCUCGAUCAAAAUUUAUUUUCUAUUGAAAAAUGAAAAUUCAAACAGAACAUUUAGGAUAGUCGGUAAUUCCAUUAAAAACCACUCACUGCCACAUUUCUUGGCACAAUGAUAAAUGGAGUCGAGACCCGAUUAAAGAAUGUCCAAUAAUUUAUGAUAUGUAUUAUUAUAAGUGCGAUAUAUUAAGUGUUUUCAGAAAAUAUAUGAAUCUAUAUAUGAUAAUAAAAA